CCACGGCCCAUCGGGGACAUCAAUUGGCGGCUCCUUCACGGAGCCAUGGGCUCUUGGCAUGGUUCACCCCCUGUCUCAGACACCUGGCCCUUCUGCAGCAUGAGGGACAACCUAGAGCACGCCUAUCUGGAAUGUGCCACGUUGCAGCCCCUAUUCCAGCUCCUCCAGAACCUGUUAUUGACGUGCUGGCUGCACUUUUCCCCACACCUUUUUAUUUCUGCACACCCCGUUCGUGGCCCCACAAAGUUGCUUAACCUCUUCAUCAACCUCCUGGUCCUGGCGAAAGCUACUAUAUAUAAUACCAGGAGGAGGAUGCUAGUGCCGUCUGGACCUGCCCCUACAUUGCUGAGCUCAGGAAAGUGAAACUACUCCUGUUCCCUAGACCAAAGGCAGCCAUGGCUGCAGAGAGCCCCAUGGAAAGGCUUUGGGGGGAAGCGACGCGUCCUGUCUCGCUGGAGGAUUUCACAGCCCCUGUCACUCUGAAGUGUGGGCACAAUUUCUGCCAGGCCUGCCUCAGCCAGUGCUGGGUGGCACCUGACCCUCUCGCCUCCUGUCCUCGGUGCAGAGAUACUGUGCAACAGAGACCACUCCGGCCCAAAAGACAGCCGGCAAACGUGGUAGAACUAGCCAAGUGGCUGAGUUUCCAGGCACCAAAGAGAUCAAGAUGGGGCAGGAUGUGUGGGGAGCAUCAGGAGGCUCUGAAGCUGUUUUAUGAAGAGGAUCAAACUCCCAUCUGUGCAGUGUGUGACAGAUCUCGGGCUCUCUCAGUCGUGCCUAUAGAGGAGUCUGCCCAGGAGUACAAGGAAAAAAUUGAAACCCUUUUGAAGACUCUGAGAGAAGACAGAGAAAAGCUGCUGCAAUGGAAAGCAACGGGAGAGGGGAAAAGCCAGGAGUGUAUGAAACAGACACAAAGCAAGAGGCAGAAGAUUGUGGCCGAGUUUCAGCAGCUGUUGCAGUUCCUGGGAGAACAAGAGCGACUCCUGCUGGCCCAAAUGAAAAAGCAGGAGGAGGAAAUUGUGAGGCUUCAGACUGACACUAUCAGGAAAUUCUCAGCACAGAUUUCCCAUCUCAGUGAGCUGAUCGGGGAGCUGGAGGGGAAGUGUCAGAAGCCCGCAAGUGAAUUCCUCCAGGAUGUCAGAAGCACCUUGAGGUGUGAAACAGGGCAGUUCCAGCAGCCAGAGGAGAUUUCUCCUGAACUGGAAGAACAAGUCAGUGGUUUCUCCCAGAAAAUGAUUGAGCUGUUGGAGACUCUGAGGAAGUUCAAAGGCUGCAGAACACCAAUGUCUUGCUCCAGUGCAGCCCAUGGCCUGACAAACCAGGAACAGGAAAUGGCUGUGGCGGAGCGGGUGAACUUUGAGGAGGUGGCUGUGUAUUUCUCUGAGGAGGAAUGGGCUCUGCUGGACCCUGGUCAGAGAGCCCUCUACUGGGAUGUGAUGCAGGAGAAUUAUGAGGCUGCAAGCUGGCUGGGAUUUCCAGUCUCCAAAGCUCAUGUGAUCUCCUGGGUGGACCGAGGGGAGGAGCUGCCAAUCCCAGAUCUCCAGGACUGUGAGGAAGGAGAGAUCAUCAGAGACACCCACAUAGCAGCUGAUGGGAUGGUGAGUGAGAACAAUGAGGAGAGUCUUCAACAGGACGGACCAGAACAAGUGACUCCACAUAGGAUAUUACUAGGAAGAUCUGAAAAACAUGUUUCCCAGAGUUCUGAGCAGGGAGAAACCUGUAAGAGUCAGCAUAGCCCAGACAGGCAGCAGGGAAACCAUCCAGUGGAAGGACGGGAUAAAUCCCAUCGCAGGAGCAGAAGGGUGAAAAGAAACACAGAAACCAUUCAACAGAUGAUCCCUCAUCAAGAAGCACCCUCCGCUUACAGUGACUGUGCAACUCUUAUUGAGCAUCAGAGAAUCCACACAAAAAAGAAGCCUUUCAAAUGCUCUAACUGUGGGAAAAGCUUCAGUAGGCGCGCAAGUCUUAUUAAACAUAGGAGAAUCCACACAGGGGAGAAACCCUUUUACUGCUCUGACUGUGGGAAAAGCUUCAAUCAGAGGUCAGAUCUUGACAGACAUAGCAGAGUCCAUACAGGAGAGAAACGCUUCAAGUGCUCUGACUGUGGGAAAAGCUUCCGUGACAGGUCAGACCUUGUUAGACAUAGGAGAAUCCACACAGGAGUGAAACAUUUCAAUUGCUCUGACUGCAGGAAAAGCUUCUGUUAUAGGUCAGAUCUUGUUAGACAUGGGAGAAUCCACACGGGAGAGAAACCCUUCAGCUGCUCUGACUGUGGGAAAAGUUUCAAUAGGAGAUCAUAUCUUGUUAAACAUAGGAGAAUCCAUGCCAGGGAGAAACCCUUUUGGGGAAAAAAUUGAGUAAGUGUUCAAAUCUUAACAAUCAUCAUACAAUCCACACAGACGAAUCAUAAAACCAUAGAACACUAGAACUAGAAGGGACUUCGGGAGGUCAUCAGUUUCACCCUCUUCCCUACCCUCACAGCAGGACCAACCAUCAUCUCGGUCUUAGCUCUGUGGUCACCAACCCGUCGAUUGUGAUUGACCGGUCAAUCGUGAGGCAUUUGGCCCCUCUUCCGUCCCCCUUCCCCGAGAAGCUCCACUACCUGCCUCCAGUGAAAAUUGAGGUAGUGCCAGCUUCCUGCGGAGUGGACAGAAGUCCUGCAGCUGUGCGCAACUUCUGGGGGUUCCAGAAGUGCACUGAGUGCUCCCCUCCCUCAGGUCUGUGGCAGGCUGGGAACUUGCGGCGGGAGAGGGGUGAGUCCCCAGAGGAGGCACAUGGGGGCUUCCUUGUGCCGCAGGAGGGGGAGUUGGCCCCAGUGGAAGUGUGUGUGGGGGCUUCCCUUUUCUGUGGGUGGGGGGUAGGGGAGAGUCCUGGGAACAGAUUGGUGCAGGGUACUCCCUGCCCCCACUGGCACCCUGUCCCCUGCUGCAGAACCGUGUCCCUUGUCCCCCACUGGCACCCUGUCCCCUGCUGCAGAACCCUGCCCCCACCCCAGCACUCUGUCUCCUGCCCUAGCACCCUUCUGCAGUAUCAUGUCCCCUGCUCCCACCAGCACAGUUGGGGCACAUUAGUGAGACUGGGGGGGGCGGGGUUUGGAGGAGAUUUUUUUUGCAUCUCCCUUGUGUGGCCCCCACUGACUUUUCUGUGGCCCCCUAACUCAUAACAGGUUCCCUGCCCUUCU